AAGUAUGAAUUAUGCGCUACUGUGUUUUGGCUAUGGACAAUCAUUUAAUCUAGUGCUUCAAGUUAUUUCUUUCCAAUUCUAGUUACUGAAAAUUACCCCCAGAAAAUGUCUUGAAAAUCACAUUUCAACCUACUUUUGCCGAAAUACUCCUGACAUUCACCAACUUUCCAAAUUUUUCUAUAUGAAUCAGACGAUUGAAUAGUAUGUAAGGUUUGAGUCACGGUCUUCAGGAGUAAUAACGGUAAUAAUCACAUCUGCGUUGUAGUAAUAAGGAUACAAGGUCAGUGUUAAUACUCGACACGUACGACUAUCCUUGAUUGAGUUCUCGAAAAGAAACAUAAGUAAGCAGUUUAUGAUGGGUUUAUUGGAUAUAUGUGGCGAUUAAAAAUGUUCACUGUAUCUAACAAAGUGCUACUCCAUGCUAGCUUUUUUGCGGCUACUUCUCAUUGCACCAGAUCUAAAUGUGGAUGUGAAUCUAUGUACAAAAAAUUUCCGUCACACACAAAAACAUCAAAGAACGGACAACUGAAACACAUCCACAUUAUCAUUGAGGAUCGUAACUUUCAUCAGUAUACUGAUGAAUCCUAUAGGAUUCCGAAAUGAAGUGACAAUCAGCGGUUGUGGUGGUGUUUUUUUACUACUUUUUGAAAUAUGUGGUUUACUGUUAUUUGCGCGUACAAUAGAUCGAUAAUGCUCAAGACUUACUACUGGGCACAUAAAUGGCUUGAUGAAAAAAUCUGUGAGAUCGAUGUUGGAUCUAAAUUUUAAUAAUUCAUCAUCAAUAAUGGAAUAUGGGCUGAAUAUUUUACAUGGGAGGAAACAAACCACCUUGAUUGCUAAAACAGAAAUAAAUGGUAUUUCAUUUUCAAACCACUUUGGUUUGAAUGCCACCUACAUUUGAUUGUGUUUAUUUGUCAACUACGUAUAUAUAUUCUUGUACAUCCUACAGUUUGGUUUUCCCAAUCCACAUCCAUUAUUUUUCGAUAGAUUUAUUUAUCGCUUUCCAUUUGAUCCUGACACCCUAAAUUACUUUCUAUGUUUUUAGAUACCCCAGAUAACUUAAUUUCCAUGAUCAGUCUUACGCCUUCCUAUCGGGGUUUUUUAUGAUAAAAAAAGAUUAAAAGAAAACUCAUCGGCAGUCUGAACGAGUUUUUCUAGAGGUAAUUACUAGGAUUAAAUAUUUUAGGCAAUUUGCUAAGUGUCUUCUGUUUUAUUUGCUUACUCAUCAAGUUAUAGUACAAUUUGAGACCAAACUAUGGCGUUCACCAUAUAAUUAAAAAGGUACUAUUGUAGAUAGAGGGGAAAAUGAAGUGCAGUUAAAAGUAUAACCAAAAAACUUCGGUUAAUAGAACUACCCUUUCUGUAACGAAUAUAAAAAAGGACUACAACGGGAUUAUCAUUGACUUUAUUUUGAGCCAUGUUGGACAAUGUUCAGAACCCCAACCAGUGAGUUGUGAUAAACCAAUAGCUAUCAGUCUUAGAUGGCUUUAUCUCACAUCCUGGAGCUGUGUUAUAAACAGGCUAAUUCUAUGCUUUUUCCACCUAGCCCCAUCACCGGUAAAUAAUUCGCGACGUGGGAAUCUCUGGUGUGACACUCGUAGUAUACUUCUAAGCCACCGAAGCGAGUGUUUCAAGAUAUUGACACAAAUUGAAUUACCGUAGUUGUGCCCUAACACAAUAACUAUGUUAGUUUUAAUUAACAGGAAGCAUUAUUUCCCCUUCAUAAAUCAAGUUUUGCUCACAGUUUUGUAUAUUCAUUUACUGCUAGUUAGGAAUUUUAAACUGUUUAUAUUUUCUCGUAGCUUAUCGGAUUUGGAUUGAAAAUAUAACAUGGUGGAUGCGGAAUUCAAACGAAAACUAAAUGAAAUUCGUGAGAAAGUAGAAGAUCUUUUUGAUUUUGAAGGAUGUAAAGUUGGUCGUGGAACAUAUGGAAGUGUUUAUAAAGCUAAACUUAAAGAUGGUACAGACAGUAGAGAUUAUGCGUUAAAACAAAUCGAAGGCACUGGCUUAUCUAUGUCUGCGUGCCGAGAAAUAGCUCUUCUUCGUGAGUUAAAGCAUCCAAAUGUAAUUACUCUACAACGAGUUUUUCUGAAUCAUACAACUAGGCGAGUAUGGUUGCUAUUCGACUUUGCAGAACAUGAUCUUUGGCAUAUUAUAAAAUUUCAUAGAACAACUAAAGCAAAUAAAAGUACAGUUCAAGUCUAUGGCAAUAUGGUCAAAAGUUUAAUGUAUCAAAUAUUAAAUGGAAUCCAUUAUUUACAUGACAAUUGGAUUUUACAUCGUGAUUUGAUAUUAAAUCUUCAACCUGUAGUGUGCGCUACUUAUGCAGACAGACAUGAGUAGUAUGUAGAAGGAUUUGGGAGUGGAAUGCCUACCUGCAGAAAACUGAGAUAAAGAUAAAAUUUAAACAAUGGGCAAUCGGAAUAACAACAGGAUUAGAAGAAUGGUGGGGCAUGUAAAGGACAACUCAAGCAAGAUGUGCAGAUGAUGUAUUUAAUGUAUGAUUUUCAUACUUUAAGAAGUACUGUGUAAUUUUGCAUUCAACAAUAAAUUCGUUUUCUCAAAUGAGUUUUCGUUCAUUACUUUUGGUGUCACUGCCUACGGAAAGGCGGAGAGAGGGUAGUUCUGAGGACACUGUUGUGGGGCCGUGAGUGGAGUCGUUAGUUGAUGCCGUCAGGCCCAGGAAGCAGACAUCAAGUGGAAUGGCCCAGUGAGACGGCGUUGGGUGUAGCAUUCUCCAUCGACGGCGAGAGGACGUGGAACGUCUUGGGUGUCGGGCUGAUAUUAGAGGUAGAUAGCCCGGGAAACCAGCGCGCCGGCGGACUCGACACUUCGACGAGAAACGAAGAACAGACUGCGAUAAAGAGGAAAGCGGCACAGAGAGCAGAACGACUGCAAGAGCGACCGUUUAAAGGGGGGAUUGGGUGUGGUUUACGUUACCUACGCUGAUAGAUAUAAGAAGUUUAUGGUAGCAAUCAGAAGUAGGAUACCUGUCAGCAUAAAAUUGAAUGGAAGAUAAUCGGUGGGGAAACAGAGAAAUUGAAAUAACAACAAUUAGAGGAAGCAUGUAAGGGACAACUGAAGAAUGAUGUGCAAAUAAUGUAUUGAGUGUAUGGUUUUCAUAUUUCACAAAGGCACUGUGUAAUUUUGCAUAAAACAAUGAAUUGGUCAUCGUUCACUGCAAACCUAUCAGUUAUUGGUUAGAAAGUUAUUCAAAUUAAAGAUUUUUGAAUAUUAUUACUUUUAAGUGGUAUGGUAAUCAGAUUCUCAAAAGAACUAGUAGGCACAGAUAGACGUUUGUCGUAGACCACUUCAAGAUCUGAUAGAAGACAGUGGAAUUCGCCUGCGUCAUUGCGACUGAUUCUGAGGCAUAUCACAGGACGUCUCUAAUCAUUAGUUACGGCAGUCAUGUGGACACUAACCAGGUAUUCCGCACUUGCUAACGCAUUUUCAUCUAACAUUCACUCACUUAAUAGACUGAUGUUACGUUUUGGUUUUGCCACUUCAAGCUUUAUUUCAAUAUACUCCCACACCAACGGACAUUGUUCGUCGAGCUAGGCGAUCGCUGGACUUACGUAGUACAUAUCUCAACCACCUCACCCGAUGAAGAUUCAUAACUUGCUAUCUUUACCUACUAUUCCUUCAGUAUUGUUCAUUCCGUGGCCCUAACAUACGCGAGUAAUACUUCGAAACCAUCUUUCUUCAAGUACACGUAACCUAUGAAUAUCAUAUGUUUCUAAAGAUCACGUUUCACAGCUACAUAUUACAACGGAACUUGUCCUUCAAUUGACUGACGGACAUCUCGCCUACUCCCCAGGAGAACUGAACCCAUCAUGGCUAGUGAGAAUUCAAAAAUAAGUUCUACCAAUACCCUCCUUAUCAUCAGUUCAAGCACUAAUAGAGAGCACCACCAAAACAAAAUUUUGUAUUUAGGGGAAGUGUAAUGCAUCUUAAACAGUCUUUAAUUUUUGCUUAAGAUGAUCGAAGGACUUUUUUCUGCGUCUCCACUAAGUAGGGCUGUAAUUUAUGUAUUUUAAGUCGGUAAGUUAAUCUUCUGUUAAGGAGAUCAGUCCUUGAAAAGUCUGGGAACAGAAGCGUUAUCUCUAAAAUAUUAUCUAUGGCAAAGUUAAGUAAAGUGAGGAAAGCGGAUAACUCUGACGGUUUAUCAUUUCAUUGACAGUUGAUCUGAGCUAUAUUGGUGGAUGCAUCUUACUUGGUGUGAGAAGUUCGCAUGAUAACUGCUAUCAGUAGCUGGACACGGGUUAUAUGGCUCGGAGCCUUUCUAAUUAUCGUCAGUACAUUCACUCUUUAUCUUCCUCUCAGUCUUGAAUUUCAGUACUCUUUCAUAAUUGUUUUUCCAAUCUCUUUGCGAACCAUAUUCUCAAGGUUUAAUUUCUCUUUUUUAUUAUUUCUACUAUAUUAUUUAGAUUUGUUUUGUUGUUUCCGCCUCGUACUGAUUCGGUAUGGCAACUUAGACGAACCCACAUUUGAGCCACUUUGAUGUCUGUUUAACAUUCCUACUUUUGUUACUUGCUUAAUAAUAUAAUUGUCUUUUUAAUUUUUUUCUAGAAACCUGCAAACAUCUUAGUUAUGGGUGAAGGUCCUGAUCGAGGUCGAGUUAAAAUAGGUGAUUUAGGUUUCGCUCGUCUAUUUUAUCAACCACUGAAGCCAUUAGCUGAUUUGGAUCCAGUUGUUGUAACAUUUUGGUAUCGUGCACCAGAAUUGCUGCUUGGAGCUAGACAUUAUACGAAAGCUAUUGAUAUAUGGGCUAUUGGAUGUAUUUUUGCAGAAUUACUCACAUAUGAACCUAUAUUUCAUUGUCGUCAAGAAGAUAUUAAAACAAGUACACCAUAUCACAAAGAACAGCUGGAACGUAUUUUUCGUGUAAUGGGAUAUCCACCAGAUGAUGCUUGGGUUGAUAUGAAAAAAAUGCCAGACUAUCAUCAAUUAUUACGUGAUUCCAUAAGUAAAAAAACCUAUGGUAAAUAUUCACUGGAAGGUUAUUUUGAAGAGAAAAAAUUCAAAGUGGAUGAAAGAGAAUUAGCUUUGACGUUUGUUAACUAUGGAUCCCGUUAAACGUUUAUCUGCUGCUGAGGCUAUGGAAGAUUCUUACUUCAAAGAAGGUGAAAAACCAAAUAAUGAUGUUUUUGGAAAUUUACCUAUACCUUAUCCUAAACGAGAAUUUAUCUCUGAUGAUGAUUCUGAUGAUAAACAAACUGGUGCAGAUAAAAAUGUCACACAAACUGGACAACAACCAAACGCUACUGGAGGAAGACAAACUGCAGCACAUCCUACUGGUGGCAGUGGAAUACAUACUACACAUCCUCAGCAACAAUCUCAACAACAACAACAGCGUGGAAAUAAUGCUCCACAACCUCAGUUACCAUUGCCUCAGCAACAACAGAGAACAAAUGGACAGCCACCGCCACUGAAUACACAGCAACAGCAACAACACAUGAACUCUGGUCAAUCUAAUCCCCAUGCAAGACAAUUAAUUCAUCAACAGAAUAAUAAUGAUGAUAUACCAUCUAACAAGCGUAUUCGGUUAUCCCAGGGGAAUAAUGAAACACCGAUUGCACCACCGCCAUUACCAUCCUCCUCGACAACAUCAUCAUCUACAACAGUUAAUAGUAGUGGAAUCUUACAUGCAAACACAAAUAAAUCCAGUAUAACAGGACAAUCUCAGCAGUUAUCUAAUACCACUACUACUACUACCACUUCAGGUUAUGCGAAUCUGCAACAACAACAACCAAUGAGAAAUCUCCCACCUGGUCAUAUGGGGCAUCCGGGAACUUCUUAUCCACGCUAUCACCACUAGCAAUCACAAUUCUUCGUGGAUUACUUUUUUGUAUAUAUUAAUAUUUUCGCAACAUUUUCAUAGUUCUGUGGCCAAUGUUUUUGUUCUUCGACACAUUUUUGUACAAUGAUUGUGGUAAAAAUAUACAGGUGUCCCAGUAUUGUGAUAAAUUUAGUGGACAGGGAAGGAAAGCGUGGAACGUGAACCAGCUAGUCAUGAGUCCGUUAUCUGCUUAUUUAGCUAAUCACAUCACCUAGUUAUCGAGAUUCUAGACUCUAAAUUAGUAAGAUAUUGUACUGUUUACCAAUUAUGACUAAAAUUUACACGUAAUUCUAAUUAUUAUCCCGUUUCACAUAGACGUUAGAUCCAUGAAGCAAAUUUGCUUUAAUUAACAUCUCAACAUUACAUCACUUGUAACUGUAGGCUUGCUGUGACCUCAUCUUACGUAUCCCCCAGGAUGAAAUCGAUAUGAAAACAAGUUUAGUUUCAUUCCCAGGGACAUCCAACUAAUUGCAUUGAAUCUAAUUUUUUAUCGAGCAACGAAUGUUCUGUUGGUCGAAAAAAUUAUGAGUUACUGGUACUUAGUUAUCAGGAUCCCAAAUGUGCGAAUAUAGCUGAGUAAUGCUAGACUUAUGCAUAAAACUUCCACUAGGAUCAUAUGUAAAAUAAUUUAGAGCAAUCUUGCAGUUAGUCCUAUGUUAUCAGUGAGCUUAUUUUGUCUGAAUGAUUGUAUUUGAUAUCUAUUCAGAAUUACAUCAUUGCGUUGAUGAGGGACAAUAAGAGAUCAAUGUGAAACUUGGGUAUCUAAUCUUCGUUGAGUUUGUAUGGUUCUUAAAAUGACUACCUGCUAAGAACAGUUGUAUUGUGACACUAAUUGUCCCGAAAUUUUCUGCGAUUCAUAAAUGACAGUUGUCUUACUUUGUUCUUAAAAAUGUCACAGUUAUGUGCUGAAAACUUAUUAUUUGUGGUUGUGCACGUAUUGUAUUUUAGUCAUAUUAUCAAGUGAGUCCUAAGUCUGAACAUAUUAAAAAAUAAUUAGGAUUACUCAUCUUAAUCUCUGGUGUUGACUGUAGGUUUAUAAAUGUGGGAGCUUGCAUGAUCUACUGACCACAUGACGAAAUUAACGAUGCGAAUAAGACCAAAACACUAAUGCCAAUAAAUUAAGUAUGCUAUCAAAUGAAAUACAUUGACUCUUCGUGGUUAACUAGGAAUUUAUGUGACACUUGUUUUUAGUUAUUCUUUUACGAAGCUUUACAAACAGUCAUUACAAAUUUUAUAGUAAUUUGUUACAGUAACUAAUAUACGGUAUACAUAAAUACAGAUAGCUUAAGCAGACGUCACCUCUUUAUACUUAUGAUGUUUUAAAAUGUACCGGAAUAGGAGUGACAAACUUCAGAAACUAUCGUAUAGUUUCGGUGCAGUACGAGUUAAGAACCUUUCUUUGUGUACAUAAAUAUAAGCAACAGUAAGUUGCCCUACAAAAGGAAUGUACUGAUGCAUAUCAUGUAUGUUUAAGAAGCAGCUGACUGUUCAUACUACUAGAGAUCAGCAUACUCUACGAACCAAUAAAGUCAACGGAUCAUCCUAAACAAAGCACCCUAUUUAUAGAAUAAAGUAAAAUGUAUCCAUAAAAUAAAAUGACGAUAUUCACUGACAAUACUAUUCACGCUUCGAUUAAAAAUCAAACAAUUCAUAUUAUUAUUAUUACUUAUUACCUCUCUUUUACUCCCACUUCGUGUAUCUUUUUUUCAACUUAUACAGCAGCUCGCCUAUGGUGGAAAUUCGACUCUAUCUAAACGUUCUCGAGUCAUUGCCUGGUUGAAAAUUGAGUGCUGAAACCACGUGCACCAUUCAAACAGGCUUUCUUCAACGUUCGCACACUAAUGCAGAUCGGACAACAGAUAGGGCUGUCUAUACCUUUAGAAAGUCUUAAUAUAGACGUCUGCUGUCUAUCCGAGGCCCGUAUUCAAGACUGGUGAAGUACUACAAAUUCGCUCUCCAUCAAUCGCUUCAAAAGGUUUGCUUUACGUGCGUUUAUCCGGGGACCUUGUGGCAUCUUCGUCUGGUCUUGCUGGCGUUGGUGUCGACUGGCCUGCUGCUCCGGCAACAUCGGUUGGACUGUCCUGCCCUCCAUGGUCGGUGACGACUGAUCCACCAAAUGAGGCGGAAGUCCGCAAGGAACUCCAACCGGGCCUAGAUGACUUACCUCCGGCUCUUCUUAAAGAUGGUGGUGACUUUCUGGUUAAGGAACUGACUGUGUUGUUUACAAAGGUCUGGAAGCUAGAGAGUGUUCCAACGUCAUGGAAUGAGUCGAUAGUUGUCCCUAUCUUUAAAAAGGGUUCACGUCGUUCCUGUAACAAGUAUCGGGAGGAAAGUUUACUUCCGAUUGCGUCCAAACUAUUUACUUCUGUUAUACCUCUUAGGUUGUUUAAAACCCGAGAAAGACUGACUCGCGAGGAGCAGGCUGGGUUUCGUUCUGGUCGAAGAUGUAUUGAUCAUAUCUUCACCCUCCGCCAAAUGUUAGAACACCGUCAUACUUAUCAAAGGCCAACAAUCGUAAUGUUUCUUGACAUCAGGGCUGCCUUCGAUUCGUUGGAUAGGACUGUCCUCUGG